AUGCUGCGCUCUUCAUUUGCACCAAGUCGGCAGUUGCUGUCGUCUCCUGUUCGCCAACGCAUCCCGUCGCAAUGGCUGUCUAAAGCUGGUGCGAGCAGCCGUCUCUCGGGUCAGCGAUUCUUUGCCGACUCCAAGCCCCCUACUGCCCCUACUGCCCCUACACCUGCUACACCCUCUGACUCGACUAUCCCCCACGGGAGCAUCCCGAAACCCACAGAACAAGGAUCCAAGAUUCCUGAGUCACCAGCACCUGUUCGCAAGACCGGUCGCUUCCGUCGGUUCCUGCUAUACCUGAUUUUGACCUCCGGUUUCACCUACGGCGGCGGCGUCUUCCUCGCUUUGAAGUCCGACAACUUCCACGAUUUCUUCACCGAGUACGUUCCAUACGGCGAGGAAUGUGUUCUCUAUUUUGAGGAGCGUGACUUCUCCCGCCGCUUCCCCAAUGCCUCCAGACACAUCGUUGCUGCUCCCCGGGCGGAAGACAAGCCCGUCACAAUCCCUAGCAACAGCGGCCUGUCGUGGAAGGUCGCAAGCGAGGACUCUGGUAGUGACGUUUCCAAGAGCGGUCCACACAUGAGCUCCAAGCCCGAGGCGGCUAAGUCCGAGGAUGGCAACGCGACUAUUGUCAAAGCCAAGGCGGACAAAGCCUCAAAGUCUGCGCCCAAGGAAGAAAAGAAGGAGGAGAAGAAGGCCGUCUCUCUCGAUGAGCCCCGGCAGCCCGCUGUUGCUCCUGUGAACACCAUUGAGUUCUUGAAGACUCAGGACGGCGACGAGGCCGUGGUUCAGGAGCUGGUCAAGACCUUCAACGACAUUGUUACAGUGAUCAGCGCUGAUGAGAAUGCUGGCAAGUACUCCGGGCCGGUCGCCAAGGCUAAAGAGGAGCUGCAAAAAAUCGGUGAGAAGAUCUCCGCGAUCCGCACCGAGGCUCGCACUGCCGCUCAAGAGGAGCUCAACAAGGCUCACUCCACCUUUGACGAGUCUGCCAAGGAGCUGAUCCGUCAAUUCGAGGAGAUGCGUGCCUCUGAUAUUGCUCAGUUCCGCGAGGAGUUUGAGUCCGAGCGCGAGAAGCUCGCUCUGGCCUACCAGAACAAGAUCAAUGUGGAGCUUCAGCGCGCCCAGGAGCUUGCUGAGCAGCGCCUACAGAACGAACUUGUGGAGCAGGCCAUUGAGCUGAACCGCAAAUACGUCCACGAUGUCCAGGAUUUGGUUGAGCGCGAGCGCGAGGGCCGUCUGAGCAAGCUGAAUGAGCUUACUGCCAACAUCAGUGAGCUUGAGAAGCUGACUACCGGCUGGAGCAAUGUCAUCGAUACCAACCUGAAGACUCAGCAGCUUCAGGUUGCUGUGGAUGCCGUUCGCUCUGUUGUUGAGCGCACCGAGACUCCCCGCCCCUUCGUCCGUGAGCUGGUUGCCGUCAAGGAGCUGGCUGCUGACGAUCCAGUUGUCGAUGCUGCCAUUGCCUCCAUCAACCCCACUGCCUAUCAGCGUGGCAUUCCCUCGACUGCCAUGAUUAUCGAGCGCUUCCGCAGGGUUGCCAGCGAGGUCCGCAAGGCCAGCUUGUUGCCCGAGGACGCUGGUAUCGCCAGCCACGCUGCUAGCAUGGUUUUGAGCAAGGUCAUGUUCAAGAAGGAUGCCCUUGCCGACGGUGACGAUGUGGAGAGCAUCCUGGUCCGUACCGAGAGCUUGUUGGAAGAGGGACAGGUCGAUGCCGCGGCCCGUGAGAUGAAUGCCCUUCAGGGCUGGGCUAAGAUUCUGAGCAAGGAUUGGUUGGCUGAUGUUCGCCGGGUACUUGAAGUCAAGCAGGCUCUCGAGGUGAUCGAGACCGAGGCCCGUCUCCAGUGCUUGCGGGUUGAGUAA